CAACCCGCCAUAUUUUUAUCGGUUGUCUGAAAGCGGUCACAGCUCCCCUCUCUCUCUCUCUCUGCUUCUCCUUUCUUUCUCGCAUUCAAAAUUUGGUGCUCCUCCAUUGUUGGGUUUCUAUGUUGCUUUCCCACAAGUACACUUCAUCCGUAACUCGUUUCUCUCUCUUAACCAAUAUUGUAAUGGCGUAGUACAUAUUUUUCACCUCCAUUUUACUGGUUUCUCUGCUCAUUUUCUCUCUCUUCUUCAUACACUUAUUCUUUUCAUUCCUCUCUAUUUUCGUGGCCCUCCUCCUGGCCGAUUUCACAGAUUUUUGUUAUUGCGCGCUCUCUCUCUCUUCUCCCCCUUGUGGGUCAUGAAUUGGUCUAAGCUCCAUGUUUAUUCCCUACCCCAACUUGUUCCUGUGGUUGUUUUCACCUGGUCCAGAGCUCUAACUUCCAUUUAAACUUGCUUCCUCUCUCUUUCUCUCUCUCCACAGUCCACACAGCCUAUCUCCAACUCCCAUGGCUUUGUCUUCUUCUUUUUCCGCCCCCUCUCAUCUCCCCUCUCAUCCUAACAAGCCCACUCGAAAACCCAAUGCCUCUAUCAAACCCAUCAUCUCUCACCUAUCCACUUUCUCUCACAAAUCCAAUGGCUUCUCUCAAAAUCCCAUUUUCUUUCUCAAACCCACCUUCUCUCUUAAACCCAUACCUCUUUCAUUGCGACCUCCAAUGGCAAUAGGCCCUGAUGGAAAAUUCUACCCUGACCCAUCUGAGGAUGAACCCCCUGAAGUUCCUGAGGAUUCUGCUCAUGGAGUCUCGAAGUUCCAGCAAGUGGCUCGACAAGCUGCUAAGGCUCGACAGCAACAAGAACGCCAGUACAAAGAAGAACAAUCCAUCUUUCUGGCUGCUAUCGCUCAAGAACACGACCCACCGGAACCAUCUCCUGAAACACCCAAUUCACUUGAUGAUGGUGAUGACCUUUUUGGAGAGAUAGACAAAGCCAUAGCUCUCAAGCGCAAGGAAUUCGUGGACCAGGGCCUUCUCUCUCCAAACCCACCUAAAAAGAAAGAGGUCGAAGGGAUUGAGGAGCUAUUGCCUGAGGAAGUAUUGGACUUGGAGGAGAUAGAGAAGCUUCAAGGACUCACUAUCAUAUCUGAGGAACGACCCAAAGAGAGCCUAGAGAGGGAAAUUCCUAAAGAGGUAAAUAAUCCAGGACUAGAUUCAAAUUUUGACAUCUAUUUCGAUCAAUCAAAGGAAAAUUUGGUUAGAAUUGUCGAACCAAAGUUUAGUAUGAGCUUGAUCGAGCUCUUAGAUGGGAGUCGAGUGGUUCCUGUUAUGGUUUUGGGGGAUACUGAGGUCGUUAUAAAGGGAAUUCAACAUGAUUCGCGAGAGGUUAAUCCCGGUGACCUCUUUGUAUGUUGUGUUGGCCACCAAACUGAUGGGCAUUUGCAUUUGAGAGAGGCAGAGAAGAGAGGGGCAGUUGCAGUUGUAGCUAGUAAAGAGAUAACUCUUGAUGAGAGCCUUGGGUGCAGAGCAGUAGUUAUGGUAGAAGACACUAAAGCUGUUCUCCCAGCUUUAGCAGCUUCAUUUUAUGGGAAUCCAUCUCGUAAAUUGUCGGUGAUUGGGAUCACAGGGACUAAUGGGAAGACUACGACUUCGUAUUUGCUCAAGGGAAUGUAUGAGGCAAUGGCUUUGAGGACUGGGCUUUUGGGGACUGUAGCUUAUUACGUUCAUGGAAACAACCAAAUUGAAUCUUCAAACACGACUCCUGAUGAGGUUUUGGUCCAAAAAUUGAUGGCUAAAAUGGUGCAUAAUGGAACUGAAGCAGUGGUCAUGGAGGUUUCAUCUCAUGCUUUAGUACAGGGUCAGUGUGAUGAGGUUGAUUUCGAUAUAGCUGUUUUCACCAAUUUGACUAGGGAUCACUCGGAUUAUCAUGGAACUGAGGAGGACUAUAGGAACGCUAAAGCUAAGCUCUUCGCUAAAAUGGUAGACCCAGAUCGCCAUCGAAAAGUCGUGAAUAGCGAUGAUCCAAACGCUCCUUUCUUCAUAGCACAGGGGAACCCUGAAGUGCCUGUCGUAACAUUUGCAAUGGAAAACAAGAAUGCAGAUGUUUAUCCAUUGAAGUUUGAACUAUCUUUAUUUGAGAGUCAAGUUUUGGUUAACACCCCUCAAGGUAUAUUGGAGAUAUCUUCGGGUUUGCUUGGAAGGCACAAUAUUCUUAACAUUCUUGCAGCUGUUGCGGUGGGAAUUGCAGUUGGAGCCCCAUUAGAGGAUAUUGUGAGGGGAAUUGAAGAAGUUGAUGCAGUUCCCGGUCGAUGUGAGUUGAUUGAUGAGGAACAAGCAUUUGCAGUGAUAGUGGACUAUGCUCGCACCCCAGAUGCCUUAUCAAGACUCCUUGAUACGGUUAGGGAAUUGGGUCCAAAGAGAGUGAUCACAGUUUUUGGCUGUGCUGGAGAAAGCGAUAGAGGAAAGCGGCCUAUGAUGACCAAAAUUGCUACGGAUAAAAGCGAUGUAGUACUACUGACUUCAGACAAUCCAAAGACAGAAGAUCCAUUGGAUAUAUUGGACGAUAUGUUGGCUGGUGUUGGAUGGACCAUGCAAGACUACUUGAGGUAUGGAGAAAAUGACUACUACCCCCCUCUCCGAAAUGGUCAUAGACUUUUUCUGCAUGACAUAAGACGUGUAGCUGUAAGAGCUGCUGUGGCCAUGGGUGAAGAAGGUGACAUAGUUGUUGUCUCUGGGAAAGGACAUGAAACCUACCAAAUAGAGGGUGACAAAAAGGAAUUCUUUGAUGAUAGAGAAGAGUGCCGUGAAGCUUUGCAAUAUGUUGAUGAGCUUCAUCAAGCUGGUAUCGAUACCAGUGAAUUCCCGUGGAGGUUGCCUGAGAGCCACUGAUGCAAUAACCAGAGCUGGUAUAAUCUCGUUUCCUGGGGGGACUAGACAGGGCAUGUUGCAUUUCCCCAUGAGCACAUAGCGGCAGCUUGAUCUCAAGCUCCUCUAUCACAUUUUGGUAGGCUCUUCAAUUGAUGCGAAAAGACCCAACAGAUACUCGGCUCCCUUUUGAAACAUCAUCCUUCAGGUGAGUGCCAUACCAGUGCUCUAUUGUAAUUCACAUGCCUUUUGUAAAUGGGAACCAAUAUUAGGCUUUUUUUUUUUCCCUUUAUCUAAUGUACCUUGAAAAACUAAGAUUCAACUGCUAAUUCAAGGAGUAUUUAAAAUGAAGCAAUGCAACUAAAAGAGUUUCAUUUCUUUC